AUGUCCGAUCAAAACGAAUCGUUUCCCGAACUCGACAUUGACGACGAAGAAGAGCAUGUUACGACUGAGAACGGAGCCGCAGAAGUGCACCUGCUGGGCCUUCCGCCGAGCGACGAAGACCGCUCCAACACGCCCGCGUCCUACGUCUCCGGCACUUCUGACUUUGAUCUCGAUCUGUACGAAGAGUACAGAGGGCCUGUCGGCGAGAACCAGGCAGUUACCGAACAGGUUUUAGAAAAAUUACAACAAAAAAAACGGGAAUAAACGGGAUUUUCCAGGAGCAAUUUGUCGAGCCUGAGCCUGAAAAACUCAACAUUCGACAGGCGCAAAUUGCGGCACAGGAAGAACGGAUGACUCCUGAAAUAGACGAAGGAACGAAGGAAUUGAUGAAGGUAAGCCCUCGGAGUUGUCGAUUCGAAUCGCAUGCACGUUUAGCAAAAACUUCAGCUGUAUCUCUCGUCGGCAAUGGUCGCGAACCCUCUGAAGCUCAAGCAAGGACUCACACCGGACGAUAUUGACAAGAAUCUUGUGGAUUUGGUGAACAUUAACCUGCACAACACUGGGUAUCUUCUCCUCGGCCAGGAGAUUUUCAGUAGGCUGGCAACCAAGUCAAAGGUUUCGAUCGAGAAAAGACCGAAAGACUUAAAUAUCAUUUCAGAUCGAGAUUCUGCACGCUUUAAAGAAUGGCGGAUGGGUGACGAUGAACGAGGAGGGAAACUUCUUCCCUGUGAUCGCCGAAUCGGAGAAAAACGUGAUUCAGGCGUUGAUCAGCGGAGCCGAGAAUAAGUGAGUGCCAACAUUUGGGUUGCGUUCAAGAAACUUCCACAUUUUCAGUCAGCGAUUCGAAACGAAUAAAAAAAUGCAGGCACAGAUCUAUCCGAAUGCAGACGCCGAAAUCAGAGCUAUGAACACUUUCAACAUGAUCUGCAAACUGAUGAGGGCUAUGAUGGACGAUCAGCGGACAAACGUGGCCAACUAUCAGCACCUUGCGAACGCCUUCGAGCACAUGGUCAAAAAGAUGAAGUACCCGGAAGUGUAUACCGAGUUUUAUGCGGUGCUCGAUCUUCACCCCGACAUGAAAUGGGACUCUGAUUGGUUCAAAAAGUACACGAAUCGGUCGGGCCUGAAGAAGUUCAUCGAAAUGCCAAAGUUCUCCGGAAUCCAAACUUCGGCUAGAAGUGCAGAAUUCUCCUUCCGUGAAGGCGGUCAGUAGAUGAUUUUCUUGAUUCUUCAUGUUGUUUACUCUUCAGAAACCGUUUCCCUGUUCACGAACGAUAACGUUGAAGAUGUUCGGCGAAAGUUCGAAUCGGACGGAAAUGCAAAUGCAGAUCGUAACGGAAACAGGGGAAGAGGUAAUGGAGUCGAACAAACGCUCAUCGCCUCCCCAAAUUAUUCAGGUCCGCCUUCUCAGUACAAAAAGAAGCAAGUGCAGCCUGAUCCCAACUACAAGCCGGUCAAAUUCACCGGUGGAAUCGAUCAGGACGACGAAGGUUCACUCGUAAGCGACUUUUUCCAAGAACCGCUUUUCCUUUGCCCAGCCACUUUUACUGAUAACGCGUCGCUGCGUCUUCAGUUAUCGAUUGGCAGUCAACCGACUGUUUCUGUUCACUAAAUUUCUCGUUUUUUCAGAUGCCCACGUCUUCGUCUCAUCCGAUAGACGCUACGAGAUCACAGCAGCAGCAGCAGCAGCAGGAUAGCAAACGUCGCUCGUGCAGCCCUUCGGAAAACCGCCGUUUCCGCUCUCCCGAACGUCGACAGUCAUCGGAGGAACGUGCUCCGGCGCUGCCUCCAGCCCAUGUCGCAUUCAAUCCGUUCAGUGAUGUUCCUACGCACGUGAAAGGGCUCGGGGAACUGCGCCCUCCGGCAGACGGCUUUGCGAAUCAUAAGACGACGAACCGGCGCAUUGACGAUAGAGACAUUGGCGACACUUCGUCCGAUUUCUCGAUGAGCUCCAACGGAUCGUACUCGGAUGAGGACGAAGAUGAGAAGACGCAGAGGAAGAUGUUGAGAAGAGUAAAGAAUGAGAGACGAGAGAAAAAGAUGGAGGAGAGGAAGAAUAAAGUACACGCGGAACCUGUCCAACACCGUACGAUCAACCUGCAAUAAACGCGUAAAUAGCAUUUAUUUUCAGGCGACAACAGAUUCAGUCAUACGACGUUCCCUGUUCCGAACGGUGACUCGUCUGCCGAGGAAAGUGCCCCCCGCGCUAGCGUCCGCACUUCUUCUCCCGUCGAAGCUACUACUCGUGCUCCUGCUCGUACUUCUACUAAAAAUUAUGUCGUCCCUCCACCACCGCCUCCGCCGCCAGUAACCAGCCAAAUGUCGAUACUCCAAAUCUCCGACUCGGUGCACGAUUACUUUAGCGCAUCCGGACUCCCAGGACGGCCGGCCGAGCAUCAGAUUGUGGAGAACAGAAAGAGGGAAGAACAGGAACGAAUGGCGCUGGAGGCGAGCGAGCGAGAGGUAGCCAUUGAGCUGGCCAGGCAGAAGGCGCCCAUCGAGAAGCCGCAACGUGUUCAUCCGGGUAUCAAUCGCCCAUACGCAGAACCGGAGCCUAGUAAAGGCUUCGCCAGAGCCCACGGGAAGUAAGUUAUCCUUAAGUACCCUGCCCCCAAUUCGUCCAUAGCUUUUAUUUCAUCGUCAUUUCUUUUCAGCGUUCCUGCCGACGCUCCGACUCGUAUGCCGCAUGAUAUUGGUCCUCCAAGAACAAGCGGGGUAAUCACAAAGAAAAAGUUAACGACGUUCUGUAAACGAUUUUGUUUCAGUAUCAGGGGAUGAACCAGGCCGUUUCUCAGCCACCUCCUCGAGUCAACGCCUACGCUCAGUAUCCUGCUUACUGUCAACCUGCACAACAGUACGAUGAGCAGCCACAGUACAGUCCGAGCGCUCCAUAUCAGCAGCAGCAGCGUCACUUCGAACCGCAGAAUGCGUAUCAACGUCCACAGCUGUCUCAAAGUGCAUACGAUUCCCAUCCGGUAUCUCAUCUCACUACUCGGACACACUAUACACAGCCGCCACAACAGCAGCCGCCGAUGUCACACAAUUAUGGCUACGAACAAUCCGGUUACGAUCAGUAAGUUCUAGAAAUGAGUAAUACCCGAUUUGUUGAAUUCACAAUUAUCUUUUAGGAGAGGUCCGUAUUCGUCGGCGAAUCAGCGGGUGCGACCGCCUCCUCGCGACGAUUACAACCAAUACGUGCAAUCGAGCUCGUCCAACAAUUACCAUCGCGACUACCGUAAUCCGGAACCAGAACCGGGACAGAGACCGUUCUCGCGAUACGAGAACGAGGACGGCGGAUAUGGUCAUCACUACCGUCCGCAACCUGCCCCGUAUCAAGCGGGACGUCAGCAGACAUCGUCCACCUUCAACCCGUACAAUCACGUCGUUCCGAUGGUCAACGGGCGGCCUUCCACGACGGCUCUUGUCAAAUCGAGACUGCUCGUCGGGCAGCCGCAAAUGCAAACCGACUUUGGCUUCAAACUGGCAACGAGAGUGACGGCCUACGUGACCAGCCAGACUGAUGCGGGCCGCGAUGUGACUGUGAGUUUUUGUGAAAUGAUGUAAUAGAGAGCAAUUGCAUGGUUUCAGGAGCAAGACAUGAGGAACAUGAUGCCCUAUUUCAAACAGAAGAUCCCCGAGAUCCCCGAAUACUUUGACAUAUGCGCAUUCAUUCGCGACAAAUGUCACGAAACCGUCUUGUUCCAGAACGGCGUUUUCGUGUUGACUUUCUGA